AUGGCAGCGCUCGUCCAACUAGAAGACAAGCUCGCCAUGAGCAGCGACGAGUUGCUCGAAGCUCAGUUGGAGCUGUACCACCACGGCCUCGCCUUCGUCAAGUCGCUGGCGCUCAAGGCCGCCAUCGACCUCGGCAUCCCCGAUGCCAUCCACAGCCGCGGCGGGGGUGGCGCCACCCCUUCCGAGCUCGCCACGGACAUCGGCAUCCACCCAACGAAGCUCCCCAACCUUCGCCGGCUCAUGCGAGUGCUUACCACCUCCGGUGUCUUCUCUGUCUCUGGCUCCGGCGACGCCGCAUGCUACAAGCUCACCCGCGUGUCUCGUCUCCUCGUCUCGGGCGGCCUGUCCCCCAUGGUGGUAGGGUUCCUUUACCCGCACUAUGUGGCGGCGCUCUCAGACAUGCGCGAGUGGUUCACCGACGAGCAGGCGACGGCCGUGUCGCUCUUCGAGGUGGCAAAUGGGCGCACGUUGUGGGAGAUGGCGGCGUCGGACCCCACGACCGGCACCGCCUUCCAAGCUGCCAUGGACGCCGACAGCCGCUUUACAGUGAAGAACCUCCUCACGGAGUGCGGAGCAAGCGUGUUAAGGGCCGUGAGGGGCUCGCUAGUGGACGUCGGCGGCGGCCAUGGUGCCACGGCGGCCGCCGUCGCAAGUGCGUUCCCACAUCUCAAGUGCAGCGUGCUGGAUCUCCCUCACGUCGUCGCUUCUGCUCCGGCCCAUGAAAGCGUGACAUUCGUCGCCGGCGAUAUGUUUGAGUACAUCCCACCCGCCGACGUUGUUCUACUCAAGUGGAUUCUGCAUGACUGGAAAGAUGGAGAUUGUGUGAAGAUAUUGCGACGAUGCAAGGAAGCAAUCCCAUCAAGGGACGCAGGAGGAAAGGUGAUAAUCAUCGAUGCUGUGGUUGGGUCAGCAAGGUCAUCGCAGGGAAUCAUCUCCAAAGAGACUGAGGUUUUGUUCGACGUCUACAUCAUGAACAUCAAUGGAAUUGAGCGAGAGGACCACGAGUGGAAGAAGAUUUUCUUUGAAGCCGGAUUCACUGACUAUAAGAUUACACCAACCAAGGGGCUUCGACAAAUUAUUGAACUCUAUCCAUGA